AUGACGGAAAAGGAAACGAAAACAACAAUGAAAAUCCUCUUCCUCAGCAACGAAUUCCCGCACGACGACCUGGCCACACUCUGCCGGGCCCUCCGCCGACACAGCCAGGACCGGCGGUAUCCCGUGCUGGCCCGCUUUCUCGAGGAAGCUACGCGGGCGGUGCGGCAGGAGGUGCGGCAACUAUCGGCUUCGCUGCGAGCCCUGGUGCCGGCGUUCGAGUCCGUGUUGGACCUGGCUGGGGCCGAGUUUGCGGCGUUACGAAAGGGCCGGCUGUGUGGGAGUGUUGAGGGCGUGUUGCUUUGUGUGGUUGAGUUGGGGGCGGUUAUUGGCCACUAUGAAAAUACACCAGCCGCCUUCGCCCGCGACCUCGACCCAUCGACAACAUACCUUGCGGGCCUGGGCAUCGGGCUCCUGGCCACAUCCGCCCUCUCGUUAGCCCCAACCGUGGCCGACCUCGCCAUCACAGGCGCCCAAGUGGUCCGCCUCGCCUUCCGCCUGGGCAUCGAAGUCGACUCGGUCUCGCACAGUCUCCACGCCCGCGACCCGACCGACAGCAGCACACCAGACAGCUGGGCCUAUGUUCUUCCAGACGUGACCGCGGCCGAGGUACAGAGAGAACUGGACGCGGUGCAGGUGCAGGCCACAACCCCCCAGGUCAGCAAAAUCUUCAUCAGCGCGCUCAGCCCUUCGUCAGUGACCAUCAGCGGCCCCCCCACGCGCCUCCAGGCGCUGCUGCGCACGUCGGCCUUCUUCCGCGACCGCAAAUCGGUAGCGCUGCCGGUGUACGGCGGGCUGUGCCACGCCAGACACAUCUACACGCACGACAACGUGCGGCGAGUCGUGCGCACUCCCUCGCUGGCGGUGCUGGAGAAGAAGGGCGAGCAGUUUGUGCCGCGGAUUCCGAUUUAUGCGCCUAGUACUGGGACGCCCUUCGCAGCCUCGGUGGGGGCGUCGGCCUCGGGGGGCUCGGCGGGGGAGUUGUUGGAGAUGAUUGUGGGGGAGAUUAUGAUGGAGAAGAUUGAGUGGGAUAGAGUGGUUCAGGGGCUGGUGCAGCGUGUACAGGACGCUCAUUCGGACGCAGGUGGUUGUGAGGUGCGGGUGUGUCGGAUGUCGCUCCCCGUGCGUGAUUUGACGGCCGCUCUGACGGGUGAGCUGGAGGUGUCGACGGAGGAACUCGUGCCCUGGAUUCACAAGGAAGGGUCCGAAGGGAACGGGAUCGAGGAAGAGGAGGAGAACGGCCCACGCACCCCCCUCCAGUCCAAAAUCGCCAUCGUCGGCAUGGCCUGCCGCAUGCCCAGCGGCGCAACCGACCCGGGCAAGUUCUGGGAUCUCCUCGCAUCCGGCCUCGACGUGCACCGCACAAUCCCCCCUGACCGCUUCGACGUGGCCACGCACCACGACCCGGCAGGCAAACGCGUCAACGCGAGCCACACCGCCUACGGCUGCUUCAUCGACCAGCCGGGUUUAUUUGAUGCCGCCUUCUUCCACAUGUCGCCGCGCGAGGCCCAGCAGACGGAUCCCAUGCAGCGGCUGGCGCUGGUGACGGCGUACGAGGCGCUAGAGCAGGCCGGCGUGGUGGCCGGGCGGACGGCGGCUACGGACAGGGGGCGGAUUGGCACGUUUUAUGGCCAGGCCAGCGAUGACUAUCGCGAGGUUAAUACGGCGCAGGAGAUCAGCACGUAUUUUAUCCCGGGCGGGUGUCGCGCGUUUGGGCCGGGACGGAUUAAUUACUUUUUCAAGUUUUCUGGGCCGAGUUAUAGCGUCGAUACGGCGUGCUCGUCGAGCUUGGCGACUAUUCAGGCUGCCUGUACGGCGCUCUGGAACGGCGACGUCGACACGGUGCUGGCCGGGGGCAUGAAUGUGCUGACCAACUCGGACGCCUUCGCGGGGCUCAGCCAUGGGCACUUCUUGUCCAAGACGCCCAACGCGUGUAAGACGUGGGACAGCGAGGCGGACGGCUACUGCCGCGCCGACGCCGUGGCCUCGGUGGUGCUGAAGCGGCUCGAGGAUGCCCAGGCCGACAACGACAAUAUCCUGGGGGUGAUCCUGUCGGCCGCCACCAACCACUCGGCCGACGCCGUGUCCAUCACCCACCCGCACGCCGGCCACCAGGCGGACCUCAGCCGGCUGGUCCUGCGCCGAGCGGGGGUUGACCCCCUAGAUGUGAACUAUGUGGAACUACACGGCACGGGUACGCAGGCCGGAGACGCCGAGGAGAUCCAGUCGGUGACCAACGUAUUCGCGCCCGCGACGGGCCGGCGGCGAAACGCGGCGACCAACCCGCUGUACAUUGGUGCGGUCAAGGCCAACGUCGGCCACAGCGAGGCGGCCGCGGGCGUGACGGCGCUGGUCAAAGUGUUGUUGAUGUUGCAGAAGAACGCUAUCCCGCGACAUGUCGGAGUCAAGAACAGCUUGAACCCAACGUUCCCCAAGGAUUUGGACGCGCGGGGGGUGCGGAUUCCGUGGGAACACACUGAGUGGCUGCCGUUCAAGGCGAACGCAAACGCAAACGGGAAGAUCAAGAAGCGGCUGGCCGUGGUCAACAACUUUAGCGCAGCGGGAGGGAACACAACACUUCUACUCGAGGAGGGCCCCAGGAGGAAGAGCAGGAGGGGCACGACGGCUACUCCUGACCCCCGCGAAGCCUAUCCGGUCGUAGUGUCAGCCAAGAGCAAGGCGUCGCUCCAGGGCAAUCUUGAGCGCUUGCUCUCGUACCUCGACUCGCACGCCGAAUCGGACCUCAUCACCCUCGCCGACCUCUCCUACACCACCACGGCCCGCCGCCAGCACCACAACCACCGCCUCGGUUUGGUAGCCACCGACCUCUCGUCCGUCCGCAGCCAGCUCGCGCGUACCCUCUCGGCUUUGUCGUCGUCGUCUGCGCAGACUGCCGGUAACAACCCUAACCCUAAUACCCCCAAACCCACAACCACACCCGCCACCGGCCCCCCUCCCAUCGCCUUUGCCUUCACCGGCCAAGGCGCCUCCCUCCGAUCCACCUCUCUAGCCCUCUACCACCACGCCCCGCCCUUCCGCGCCCACAUCACCCGCCUCAACACCCUCUGCCUCUCCCACGGCUUCCCUUCCGUCCUCCCCGUUCUCGACGGCUCCAUCCCAGCAGACGACGACCCGCAUCACCACCACCAGUCCCCCGUCGUGGCCCAACUAGCACAGGUCUGCGUGCAGAUCGCCCUGGCCGAGUACUGCGUGGGGACCCUGGGCGUGAAGCCGGAUGUUGUGGUUGGACAUAGUCUCGGGGAGUAUGCGGCGCUGUGUGCGGCUGGGGUGUUGUCGGCUAGUGAUGCGUUGUGGUUGGUUGGGGUAAGGGCGAGGUUGUUGGAGGAGAGGGUGACGGAGGGGAGCCAUGUGAUGGUUGCUGUGAGAGGGGGGGUGGAGAGUAAAACAGAAGAUGGGAGUGCAGACUGGGAUUACGAAGUGGCAUGCAUCAAUGGGCCAACCGCGACGGUGCUCAGCGGCCGCGCGGAAGCCAUGGACCGGCUGCUUGUCCCGGCCCUCGAGGCCGCCAACCUCCGCUGUGUCCGCCUAGAUGUGGCCUACGCUUUCCACUCGCCCCAGACCGACCCCAUCCUCGACGACUUCGAGGCCGCGGCCCGCUCGGCCGGCAUCGUCUUCCACGCCCCCUGCUUACCCGUAAUCUCCCCGCUCCUGGGCCGCGUCAUUUUCGACGGCAAGACCCUCGACGCGGCCUACCUGCGCCGGGCCACGCGCGAGCCCGUCGACUUUGUCGCCGCGCUGGAAGCCGCGCACAGGAUCGGCACCAUCGAUGCCGACACGGCCUGGGUUGAGAUUGGGCCGCAUCCGGUGUGCAUGGGCUUUGUGCAGGCCACGCUGGGGGCUGCUGCGACGAACGUCAACGUCAACGUCGCGGUGGGCCUGAUGCGCCGGGGCGAAGAUAACUGGACGACCCUAUCGCAGGCGCUGGUCCAGCUGCACUUGGCCGGCGUGACCAUCGCGUGGGAUGAGUUUCACCGGCCGUUUGAGAAGAAACACGCGCUGAGGCUGCUGGACCUGCCGGCAUACGCGUGGAACGACAAGACGUACUGGAUUCAGUAUAACGGUGACUGGGCGCUGACUAAGGGGAACACGUUUUAUGAUGCCGAAAAGGCGGAAAGGGCCGAAAAGGGCCGGAUGACCAUGGCCGUACAACAGCCGCGGUCGGAGAUCAGCACGACGACGGUGCAGCAGAUUGUUGAGCAAGAGUUUCACGGUUCUGCGGGGCGUGUGGUUGUCCAGUCGGAUCUGUCGCGGCCGGAUUUGCGCGCCGCGGCUUGGGGGCACAAGAUGAAUAACUGUGGUGUCGUCACAUCGUCGAUCCACGCCGACAUCGCCUACACCCUCGGGGCCUACCUCUACAAAAAGCUGCACCCCGCAUCCACCCCAACCCCUUUGAUCGACAUCGCCGACCUCCACGUCACGCAAGGCCUCGUCGCCCGCGCCGACCCGUCCACCCCGCAACUCAUCCGCAUCACCAUCGCCACCGCGGACAUCCACGCCGACCACACCGCCUCUCUCCAAUGGCAAACCCUGGCGGCCGACUCCCACUCCGACUCAGACGAAACGGCCGACGAACCCGUGCUCUUCGCCACCGCAACCCUGCACUACACCCCAUCCCCCAAGCCCACCACCCCCAGCCCGUGGCUCUCCACCUGGCGCCCGCUCACCCACCUCGUCCAGUCGCGCAUCGACACCCUCGAGCGUCUAGCCGCCGACGGCACAGCCAACCGCUUCUCGCGCGAUAUGGCCUACCGUCUGUUCGCCGAUCGUCUGGUAAACUAUGCCGAGGCCUAUCGCGGCAUGCAAAGCGUGGUGAUGCAUGGGUUGGAGGCGUUUGCUGAUGUCACGCUCACCACGGACACGCUCACGACGACGGACAAGGGCGAAGGAGGUGGGGGCCACGGCGGGGGCCACUCUUACACGGUUCCGCCGUAUUUCAUCGACAGCGUCGCGCACCUGGCCGGGUUCGUCAUGAAUGUCACGCUGGAUGCCGACGUCGAUGUGCAGGCUAACUUUUGCGUCACGCCCGGGUGGCGGUCGAUGAGGUUUGCGAAGCCCUUGGUGGCUGGCGGAAGGUAUCGGUCGUAUGUGCGCAUGCUGCCCGCGGCGAAGGAAGAAGAAGGCGGGGAGGACGGGGUGUAUCUCGGGGAUGUGUAUGUGUUGCAGGAGGGGGCGAUUGUGGGUGUUGUGGGGGGGAUCAAGUUUAGGCGGUAUCCGAGGAUCUUGCUCAGCCGGUUCUUUUCGGCGCCGGAUGCGGGGGGGAAGCCGCAGCAGCAGCAGCAGCAGCCGAGGCCUGCUGCUGCGCCCGUUCAACAAUCCCCUCCCGUUGCAGCGCUCCCCCUGGCCGACACACCCUCUUCCGCAUCCUCCUCCUUAGGCUUCUCCCCUUCUACUCCACCCUCCGUGGCUUCCUCCGUCUCGUCGGCACCUAUCUCGGCCCCCAUCUCGGCCAAGCCUUCAACAACACCCGCAGGUCCCGCACUCGCACCCGCACCCCCGAGCGACGACAGCACCACUAGCAAGGCCAUCCAGCUGAUUGCGUCGGAAGCGGCCCUCGAUGUGGCCGAUCUGACCGAGGACGCCAGCUUUGCCGCGCUGGGCAUCGACUCGCUGAUGAGUCUGGUCAUUGCCGAGAAGUUUCGGGAACAGCUGGGUGUGGUCGUGAGCGGGAGUCUGUUUUUGGAGUAUCCGACCAUUGGGGAUUUGAGGAGUUGGUUGCUAGAGUAUUACAACUAG